CUGCAGGUGAACUGGAGCGGUGCUUGGAGGAGUAGCUGGCACGCAGGAGGGGCUCUCAGGGCGCCCGGCUAUGCUGUGCGCUCCUCCUGGAGUGUCUGACGUACUGCUCACUACCGUGCUGACCAUGGCUAAUAAAACCCCAGAAGUUGGUGACAUCCAUUUCCCUUUUCCCUUCACACCGUAUUCCAUCCAGAAGGACUUCAUGGCAGAGCUAUACCAAGUGUUGGAGGCUGGCAAGAUUGGGAUAUUUGAGAGUCCAACCGGCACUGGAAAAUCCCUAAGUCUUAUUUGUGGGGCCCUUUCCUGGCUCCGUGACUUUGAAGAGAAGAAACGUCAACAGGAGGCUCGUCUCCUUGAAACGGGAACUCUUCUCUUAAAUGUCGGGAAGGACCAGCCCUCGUCUCUCUCAUCCUCCUGCCAAGAGACCCCAGAUAUCCUGAGGCCUGCUGGGGAACCUGACUGGGUUGCUCAGUUCGUGCAGAAGAAGGAAGAAAGAGACUUGGUGGACCGCCUCCAGGAGGAGCGGGUUAGGAGGAGAAAGCGAGAAGAACGCCUGCGGCAGAUCCGCCACAAUGCACAGCUCAAGCAUGCAGCCAAGCGCGUGAGACAAGAAGAAGAAGAAACUGAGCGCCUCCUCCGCCUCAGCCGAGAGAUGCUGGCAGGGGGACCAGGGGCGGAGCAGCUAGAGCAGCUAACUGGGGAGGAGGAGCUGGUCCUCGCAGAGUACGAGAGUGAUGAGGAGAAAGGAACAGCUAGUGGAGUAGAUAAGGAUGAGGAUGACCUGGAGGAAGAACAUGUAACUAAGAUUUAUUACUGUAGUCGGACGCACUCCCAGCUGGCCCAGUUUGUGCACGAGGUGCAGAAGAGCCCCUUUGGUAAGGACACCCGGCUCGUCUCCCUCGGCUCUCGGCAGAACCUUUGUGUAAACGAAGACGUGAGACACCUGGGCUCUGUGCAGCUCAUCAACGACCGUUGCGUGGAGAUGCAGAGAAACAAGCACGAGAGGAAGAGCGAAGCUGAGGAAGAGAAGCCCAAGAAGAGAAGGCAGGAGCCACGGGCCACUUGCCCCUUCUACAACUACGAGCAGCUGCAGCUCCUCCGGGACGAGGUGCUGGUGGAGGUGAAGGACAUUGAGCAGUUGGUGACCCUGGGGAAGGAAGCUCACGCCUGUCCCUAUUACGGGAGCCGGUUCGCCAUUCCAGCAGCCCAGCUGGUGGUGCUGCCCUACCAGAUGCUGUUGCACGCGGCCACCCGGCAGGCCGCAGGGAUCCGGCUGCAGGGCCAGGUGGUGGUCAUCGACGAGGCACACAACCUGAUCGACACCAUCACAGGCAUCCACAGUGCGGAGGUCAGCGGCUCGCAGCUCUGCCAGGCCCAUUCCCAGUUGCUCCAAUAUAUGGAACGAUACGGGAGGCGUUUGAAGGCCAAGAACCUGAUGUACAUCAAGCAGAUCCUGUAUCUGCUGGAGAAGUUUGUGACCGUGCUGGGUGGGAACAUUAAGCAAAAUCCCCACAGCCAGCGCCUCUCGCAGACAGGGACAGAGCUGAAGACCAUCAAUGACUUUCUCUUUCUGAGCCAGAUCGACAACAUCAACCUGUUCAAGGUGCAGCGAUACUGUGAGAAGAGCAUGGUCAGCAGAAAGCUCUUUGGCUUCACAGAAAAGUAUGGAGCAGUCCUCGCACCCUCCAGGGAGCAACCCAGACUGGCUGGGUUCCAACAGUUCCUGCAGAGCCUGCAGCCUGAAGUGACAAAGACUCCUGCAGCCCCUGUAGAGGAGGGGGAGGCCAGGGUACUGCGGCCUUCUUCCCCACUGAUGCACAUCGAAGGCUUCCUUGCAGCUCUCACCACUGCCAACCAGGACGGCAGGGUCAUCCUGAGCCGCCAAGGCAGCCUCAGUCAGAGCAGCCUCAAAUUCUUGCUCCUGAAUCCAGCUGUGCCGUUUGCCCAGGUGGUGAAGGAAUGCCGGGCCGUGGUCAUUGCAGGAGGUACCAUGCAGCCGGUGUCCGACUUUCGGGAGCAGCUGCUGGCAUGUGCUGGGGUGGACGCUGAGCGAGUGGUGGAGUUUUCCUGUGGUCACGUGAUCCCUCCAGACAAUAUCCUCCCCCUUGUCGUCUGCAGCGGGCCUUCCAACCAGCAGCUGGAAUUCACCUACCAGCAGAGAGAGCUGCCUCAGAUGAUGACUGAAACAGGUCGCAUUCUCUGUAACCUGUGCAACGUGGUCCCUGGAGGGGUGGUCUGUUUCUUCCCCUCCUAUGAGUACCAACGCCAGGUCCAUGCCCACUGGGACAAGAGUGGCCUGCUGGCCCGCCUGGCUGUCAGGAAAAAGAUAUUUCAAGAACCCAAGAGAGCAAACCAGGUGGAACAGGUGCUGCUGGAGUAUUCCAAGUGCAUUCAGUGCUGUGGCCAGGUGGGAGGCACCAUGACAGGGGCCCUGCUUCUCUCUGUGGUCGGAGGAAAGAUGAGUGAAGGCAUCAACUUCUCUGACAACCUUGGCCGGUGUGUGGUUAUGGUGGGCAUGCCCUACCCCAACAUCAAGUCUCCAGAACUACAGGAGAAGAUGGCCUACCUGGAUCAGACUCUUCCCAGAACCCCAGGUCAGGUGCCCCCAGGGAAGGCUUUGGUGGAGAAUCUGUGUAUGAAGGCUGUCAACCAGUCUAUAGGCAGGGCCAUCAGGCACCAGAAGGACUUUGCCAGCAUAGUGCUCCUGGACCAGCGGUAUGCCCGCCCACCUAUCCUGGCAAAGCUGCCAGCCUGGAUCCGAGACCGUGUGGAGAUCAAAACCACCUUUGGCCCCGCCAUUGCUGCUAUGCGGAAGUUUCAUCGAGAGAGGUCUGGCCCUUCCUGAUGGAUGGCUGCACCGCUGCCUGGUUGCCGGGCUCACUCUUCACCCUGCCCAUUUGAAAUGUUUGUCUUGGGCCUGACCUUGCUUAAGGAGGUGAAACCCAGGUGGAGAAUGUCGAGUCUAGACCAGCCCUUUCUGGAAUCAGUGUGCUGCCAGGACCCCGGCACAGGUGGA